AUGUCUUCCACAAACCCAACAAUCCUCAUAGUCCCCGGCUCGUUCUCACCCCCAUACUUCUACACUCCCAUCUCCGACUCCCUGCGCGCAGCUGGCUAUGACACCUACGUAGUCUCCCUCCCCUCAAUCGGCCGCAAGCCCGGCCCUGCGCCGACCAUGCUCGACGACGCCGCCUACAUCGCCGACGCGGUUACUAAAGUUGCCGACGAGGGCAAGGACAUCCUGCUCGUCGCACACUCCUACGGCGGAAUCCCCGCGACCCAAGCCGUCAAGGGCCUCGCAAAAGCGCAGAGAAAGCAAGCUGGAAAAACAGGCGGUAUCGUGCGACUGGCAUAUCUAAGCGCUCUCGCACCGCUGAUUGGCGGGACCGCAGGGACCGCAUCAGAGGGUACCCGGCUAACCUUUUCCACUUCAAAGGGCGCCUGGAUGUACCACGACAUCGCGCCUAGCGCGACCUUCAACUUCUCUGACUUGCCUGAAGCCGAGGGACAGGCGUGGGUGCGGAAGUUCGAGAAUCAUUCCGCGGUUACGUUUGCGGGCGAGCUGACGCAUCCGGGGUACGCGGACGUCGAGAUCUCGUGGUUGAUGUGUAAGGAGGAUAAGACGAUCCCGCCGAGCUUCCAGCAGGGGUUCAUUGAUGGGAUUGAGAAGGCGACUGGGAGGAAGGUGGUGGUUGAUGGGAUUGAGACGGGGCAUUGUCCGAAUGCGAGUGCGCCGGAGAAGGUGGUGGAGUGGAUUAAGAAGGCUGCGCAGGAGAAAGUGUGAGAGGUUGAUGAUGGCUGAGGUCGUGGAACAAGAUUCUUGUAGAACGUGGCGGUCUACUCGAGUAUUUGGCAGUGAACAAGGAGCGUCUGUUCUUCCUAUCUUCCCACUUGUCGCACUUUUACUAGUGCCCAUUCACUCCAAUCCUU